AUGGAGCUAACAAGGAACAAGGCCUCGAAGAACGAUCGUGCGUCGACACGCCCGCGGUUGCAAGCCGUCAACCAAGACUUUUCCGACCUCGACGAACAGAUUCGCCAAGUUGCGCAUAUCAUAGGGCUUCCUGACAUCUGGAGCGGCACUAGGGAGCAGGAUACGAGGGCUGAAAUCACACGGCGACUCGUGCACGCGAGAGCAGAAUGGGUUUUGCGCUGGAUCCUCGACAAAUUGAAAGACGACGCGGAGACGGGGCGCACAACGCGUGCCAAUGUGGGCGCAUGGCAGCUCUUGGAAUGGAUGAUACAGGUCCUGCCUGUUUCGAGAAGCGCGCCUCACCUGCGCGACGCGAGUUUUCCGAGCAUCCUGGAGAGGACGCUUGUUGAGAACUUUGACAGGGAGCCCACACCGCAACCGCCACCCGCUACUGGCGAUGUGCAUAUGAAAGAUGACUCCGAGUCGAGCGCGACCGUCCGGGAAGAGACUAAACCUUCGAGGAAACGAAAACGCGGCACCGCCAGCCCACCUGCGAAGCCGGCACCACCCGAUCCGAUCAAUCUCAGCAAUCUUUUCCGCGUCGUGAAAUCGGGCGUAGCAUCCAUAUCGAAUCUGGCUGCAGGGAACAAGGGCGAUGACACUACCCAGGCUGAGCUCAUGAAGAUGGUUUUGAGGACGGACAGCGCGCAAGCUUCGCGCAUCCUCAGAUUUUGGCUCACCGGUGUUUACCGCAUCCUGAGCACCGCUUCGAAGAACGGUAAGCUGGACGGCGACUGGGCUGACCACAUCGACCUCUCCCUUGCCUAUGGAAUGUGGGAGCUGCGAACUGUCGACACCAACGACGAGAGCGGAGCUUCCGCCGAGGAGUUUAAUACGGAGUGCCUUAUUCCUGCACUGGUACUCCUCGCACACCUCAAAAGCUUACGAAAUGAAGCUUCCUCAAAGGCACCUCAUGCGGUUAGCCGUGCGAUCGCGGCGCUGUAUAAAUUGCUGACGAGACAUCUGCUUGCGCCCUCCAGGGCAGCUUUCUUCGGCGAAAUCAGUGUCGGCGGACCUUCCAGCGACGCCACAAAGUCGCGAGACGCAACAGGCUUGGCUAGUAGCCUAGAGCCUCUACGCGCGAAGCUUCUCCAGGCUACGCAAAUUGAGGAUGCUGGCGAGGCUCUGCCCAUCGAGCUUGUAUCGCUAUUCGAUGCAGUCCCGCACUUGCUGGAUCUGACCAUUCGUGUAUCCCCGUCCCGGACGCCAAAAAACAGAGCCAUGGAGAAGCCCUGGUUGCAGGCUGUGUUCUCUACACUCGCCGAAUGCGCGGGAUGCUCGUUGACCACUCCACCAGAGUUCAUCACGCGCCAAACCGCCGUCGCCGCGCUUAGUGCUGCUUUGCGUGUGCUCAAAGUACACGAAGUAAGCCUCAGCCCGGAUCUCGUCAAAGCAACCUUCUGGCACCAUUGCGGGGUGAAGUACCCGGAGCGUCAAGAGAAAGAAGUGCAUUGGUUGCUGAUCGCAUCUUUGAUUGAGCUUGAUCCUUCGGUUUUUGUCAUUGGAUCCAAGUCCGGUAACAAAGGAACAACCGAAGAUCAAACUGAACUCGUCGAAUUCGUCUUUGAACGGAUAUCAGCCGUGGAGUUGAGCGGCAAUGGUUUUCUAGAUGAGAAGCAGAUGGAUGUUGAAAGCACUGGAAGUCAAAUGGGCAGAAGCGCAAUGCUGCAGAGAGUCGUCAUCCCUCUCAUGUCUGCGUUUGUACGGAGUCGCAAUUUGCUAGGCUUCAUUCGCAGAUGGGAUGGUCAGUUGACCAAGAGCUUCAGGCACGGUAAGCGCAAAGCUCUCAAAGAGGGCCAAGAUAUCCUCUGGCAGGAUCGCGCUCUGUACACUGCUUUGGCAGAAGCCUUUGAGCAGUCCUUGACGCAAGGCCAGAUCACAACUCUCAUUCAAGAGCAUCAAGUGCGAUUGGCGAAUCUAAAGGAGGCCAUUGAAACAGCUUCCAAAGAAGACGUGAAAGUCAAGAAGCUCGCAGCUUAUAAAAACGCAGCAAGCAGCGCGGUCCUUCUUCCGGCCUUUCUCCAAUCGAUCCGAUCCGACAACACCAUCGAGGCGCUUAAGCCAGACCUUCGCGCAUUGUUCCUCACAUAUGCCACCUGGGUCCAGGAUGAUAACUACAGCCUUUACACGCAACUUCAUCUCUCUUGGUUCACAUUGUGCCAACUAUUCACCGAGCUGUGGCCGAUCCAGAUGCACGCAUCCUCUAAGACACAGCGUGAGCUCUUACAUCCAUUGCUCAAGCAAGCGAUCAAAGACGUUUCUUCAGGACGCAAAGAAACAAGAAGACGUGUGGAUACGUCUGCGCGAGCGGCUGCUAUGCUUUUCUGGCUCAACACAUGCGAUCGCAUGCAAACCGUCCCUGGCUCGGAAGAUGUGAUCCGUAAUGGCCUAAGCCAAGUCAUGGAAAACCUCUCUCCCAAGCAACUGGGACAUGAGGAGCACGGGAAAAUGAUGGAAGUAUUAUGUGCCUUCUUCGUCAAUCUACUGGAACCCCUGGAUGAAGAUGCUUGCCGUAGUGCGAUAUAUGGUAUCUUAUCUAGACUCCCGAGUCUUGGAAAGACGGUCAGCGAUCUCAUCUGCAAAUCGCUUUCCGAGUCCAUCGCUGAAGGCGGAAGUUCGUCGACGCAGAGCGCUUACUGUGCAGCUCUUCUGACAGCUCUUGGAAAGCAUGCCGAGGGCAACAUCUACCCAGCAGCCACCGAAGCCAUUCUUCACAUCCAUCCUUCAGCACUUUCCCGCGAACAAAGACGAUCGAUACUGGACCGUACAACCGAGCUCCUGAACUCUGGACGAACCAACGCAGUCGCGCUGUUGAGUGUCAUGGCGCACCUCCAACAGGUACCGAAUGCGUCAGCAAGGGUCUCUACUGAUGCUAGCGUUAUUUUUGAUGUCGCAGAGCAACUACAUCAGCAACACUCCGAAACUGAUACAGCGCUGCAGCUGCUGAGGGAGCUUGUUCGAAGGACAUUGGACCACAUCCUGCCGAAUCAGAACCAGGCACAAAACAAGGAGUUCUUCAUUGAGUUCACGGGAAAGCUUCUUUCCAUCACCAAAGCCACUGACCAAUGCUCGCUAGCGAGGUUGUCGAUCCUUCGAGCAACUUCAUCAGCCCAGAAACAAAGCACGCUACUACACAUUGAGCGUUAUGUCGAUCUGUUGAAGAAGUUGAUGGGCAGUCCGGACAUCACUACGUUACAAGGAUCCUUGGAUGCUUUCAGCGACCUGUCGAUACCUGCACUGAAAGAAGCCAAACUAUUCGACGGUAUGCAAAAUUGGCUGCGCACAUGGGUCAAGGAUGCUGUGGAGCUCGACGGGUACGUGGAUGCUGAUGUCCGGAUUCCGCCUGAGGUCGUCGAAUAUGUCGCGCGUGUAUUCAACUUGGUCACAAAGUUUGAGCUUUACUCCGACGCGACAUGGCUAGUACGACUGGCGCUUACGCUCGUAAGAGGAAGUCCGGUGCCGGUGCAGGAUGCAGUGUACGCUACCCUGAGAGAAGUCCUCAGCCUCAAGCCUUUCCAGGAGAAGUUGGAUUUGAUUCCGACAUUGACUCUUGAUCAAAGGCCGCCAAACACUGCCGCCUCCUAUCGCAUCCUCAACGACCUCAUCGCGUCGAUGGACAACAAGCUCGAGUCUAACACUGAGCUGAGGCAAAGGCAGCUCGCGUUGUUGCCGAGGCUCUGUGCCUUGCUUGCCGAAUGUCCUGACUAUGAGUCUCUCAACGCCCUGCUCGAUUGCAUCGACACCAUCUUGAACGAAAAGCCUUCGUUUGCUUCACAGCACAGCAUUGAGUGCGCUUUCAGCGUCCUUGUCAAGCUCACUUCGCGAAGCGGUCCUGCACUUCCUCCCCAGCAUGCGCCGGAAAUCUUUUCCAGGCUUUGCCACACCAGCCGCCUCAUCCUGCUUGUACAUCGAGGUCGCCUUGGUGGACGUUUCCACCUCUUGUUGCCGCUCUUACAGGGCCUCUUAUUCUGCCUGUUCAUCCCGAAUGCCAGUCGCAGCGGCGCUCCCCCCUCGUGGUUGCGAACUACGGUCGCCACCGAGCCUGUACGACUCACUGCUGUCAACGCCUCCCAAUUGACACGGGUCCUCUCCACGCUUUGCAACCCACCACAAUCUUCUAUCACGAAAGCACAUCAGCAUCAUCAAUCUCGCAAAUCCAAAGACCUCAACGACCCGAUUAAAGCAGCGCGUGAGAAAGCGAGCAACUUGUUAUACCCUCUGCUCGCAUCAUUCUGUCGCUUCCAGCUCAACGGAAGAUUGGAUCCGAGCGUGCGAGAGAAGCUGAUGCCAGGCAUCUGGGAAGUGGUGGGCACAGCGAGCUUGCAUAGAGAGAGUCUGGAUGCCAUGUUUGCGGGCUUAGGUAGGAGUGAGAGGGAUGUUUGGAAGGGAUUAUGGGAGGACUGGGAAGGAGUCCACGGACGGAGGCAAAUCGUUGGCCAUGGGGAGUGA